UUGAAAAUCUAUAGCAAUGAUAACAUUGAAAAGUAAAGCAGAAAAAAAAUCCAAAAAUUAAUUAAGAGAAGAAAGUAGAAAGAAAUAAGUCAGAAUAUAGUUCAGAGUGUGUGAGUGACGGAUUUCCACACCCCGAAGAAACAGAGAGAUCAUUAAACAAGCUCAUCUUCCACAAUAGCUUUUUGCAGAAGCACUUUUUCUCUUCCAAAAUCUCGCUGAUUUUACUUUUUCUCUGAAAUCCCUCUCUCUAUCUGGCUUUCUGCCUUGCCAUAUGUAAAGGAAGACGAAGAACCCAGAAGAAAUAUGUUCACUGAAGGACUUGAUAGGAGUGCCCUUCGUUGGGUUAGAGAGAAGGAGGAAGUUCCAUUUUCGGGUUCUAAUUUGAGGAGUAGAAUUGAUCCGAUUACGCGCAUUCGCAGUGGUAGUGGCGGCAGGGGGUUUGGACUCCCCCCUCCGUCUAAAUUUAGAAGCGGGCACUUGCCCUCCAAUGCCAUACCGGUUCAGACAAUUCCGGUUGAUGGGGAUGAGAGUGGGUCUGCUUCUGACAAUGAUAGAACCACUGAUUCGGAAGAUGGAAUAUAUGGAGGCAGGUACUCGCUGGAUUCAUCACCGCAAGAUGAGAGGGUUCCUAGUGCUGCUGCUUGUAGGUAUGGGAAGCCGUCGCAAGGGCAGCCCAAUUAUGGCAGUGAUUAUACUUACUCAGACGUCAGUUCCUCGAUGGACACUGUUGUGGGGAGACAUAAACAUGUGGCAGAGAGGUUGGUGAAGGGAGCGAGGAAGUAUCCAGUUGCGCAGAAUGGUUAUUCUGAGGAUGAGUCAUCUGAUUCGGCUGCAAGCUCAGAGUUUUCUACUUCACAAGCAGGAGGAAGCAUCAAGAGUGGGUUGUCACAUAAUAAAGCUUAUGCUUCUGAGGGAUAUGCCUCAAGCGUGCCUUCACGUAGGAACUUGGAAAGUGCUGCUGAAAAGAAUUUGGAUUCCAGAAACCUGCAGAGUAAAAUGUUUUCCGAUGACGAGGUUCCCAGUGCACCACCCUUUUGUGGUGUAACUCAGGAAAUUAAACAGGAUGAUGCAAAAAGUCCAACUAGAGUGCAUAGGACACCGCAUGCUACCUCUUCAUCUGAAUUCAGAACAACCACUGGUAAAAUGCAGGACGGCGUUACUGGAAAUGGGAAUCUUGAACAGUUCGCAAGAACUACAACUAGUUCUGAAGCUGCCACGCCAUCUUGUCCAGCUCGCCUCCCAACAUUUUAUGCAAGUGCUCUAGGGCCAUGGCAUGGUUUCAUUGCAUAUGAAGCAUGUGUGCGUUUGUGCCUUCAUGCUUGGGCUAUGGAAUGCAUGGAAGCUCCCAUGUUCUUGGAAAAUGAAUGUGCUCUUCUACGAGAUGCAUUUAGUUUACGACAAGUGCUUUUACAAUCAGAGGAAGAACUGUUGGCAAAGCAGACUUCAGAGCUUGCAAGUGAGAAAGCUGCUCCAAAACCAAAGAAAAUUGUUGGCAAGAUGAAAGUGCAAGUGCGUAGAAUUAAAAUGGGCCUGGACCCACCUACUGGCUGCAGUAUUUCUGCUCUAAGGCCACCAGUAAUCAAACUGGAAACAAUUCGUUAUCAUCUCUCCAGCUUCCAGUCUACACUUGCUUCUGGAUGGCAAGCCCUUAGAAAUAUUCGAGUUGCACCUCGUGUACCGUCAAAUGGUUCUUUUUCACGUCAAAGCUUGGCGUAUGUGCAUGCUGGUACUCGGUAUAUAAAACAGGUGUCUGGACUCCUGAAAACUGGUGUAACAAGUCUACGCGACAGUUCGUCCUCAUAUGAAGUUGUGCAUGAAACGUACUCUUGUUUGUUAAGACUGAAAAGUUCAACUGAAGAAGAUGCGGUCAAGAUGCAACCUGGAUCCAGUGAAACUCAUGUCUUCUUUCCAGAUAGUUUGGGAGAUGAUCUAAUAGUCGAAGUCCUUGAUUCGAAGGGAAAGCAUUUUGGUAGAGUCAUUGUUCAAGUGGCAACUAUUGUUGAUGACCCAGCUGACAAGCAACGCUGGUUCUCUGUCUAUAGUGAACCAGAACACGAACUUGUGGGAAAGAUGCAGCUAUCUACAUAUUAUUCAACAAGUUCAGAUGACAACCCCAAGUGUGGCUCUGUUGCAGAAACAGUUGCAUAUGACCUUGUUUUAGAAGCUGCUAUGAAGGUUCAGCAUUUUCAACAAAGGAAUCUAGUGUUGCAUGGUCCAUGGAAAUGGCUUUUAACUGAGUUUGCAACAUAUUACGGUGUUUCCGAUGUAUACGUUAAGCUGAGGUAUCUCUCUUAUGUUAUGGAUGUAGCUACACCAACAGCUGAUUGCCUCAACUUGGUGUACGAUUUGCUAAGGCCUGUUUUGAUGAAAGGCGACAACAAGAGCAUGUUGAGUCACCAAGAGAACCGAAUCUUAGGAGAAACUAAAGAUCAAAUUCAACAAACUCUUGCCUUACUUUUUGAGAAUUACAAGUCCUUGGAUGAGUCAUCGCUUUCAGGAAUUAUGGAGGUCUUUCAACCUGCAACUGGGCGUGCUGCACCUGCAUUGGAGCCUGCUGUCAAACUUUACACGCUUCUUCAUGAUAUCUUGUCUCCCGAGGCGCAAACUGCUUUAUGCCACCAUUUCCAGGUUGCUGCAAGAAAGAGAUCACGGAGGCACUUAGCUGAGACUGAUGAAUAUAUUACCAGCAACAGUGAUGGAAUUUUGAUUGAUACUUUAAGUAUGGCGACUGCUUACCAGAAAAUGAAAUCUCUGUGCCUUAACAUUAGAAAUGAAAUCUGCACUGAUAUUGAGAUCCAUAAUCAGCAUAUACUCCCCAGUUUCGUAGACCUCCCACAUCUGUCAUCAUCAAUAUACAGCACAGAGCUCUGCAGUAGAUUGCGUGCUUUCCUCAUUGCUUGCCCCCCAACGGGUCCUUCAUCCCCCGUAGGAGACCUUGUUAUAGCCACAGCAGAUUUCCAAAGAGACCUUUCCAGUUGGAACAUUGGUCAUAUUAAAGGUGGAGUUGAUGCAAAAGAAUUGUUCCACCUCUAUAUUAUGCUAUGGAUUCAAAAUAAGCGCGGGUCGUUGCUCGAAGCAUGCAAAUUAGACAAGGUAAAGUGGUCAGGAGUUAGGACACAGCAUUCCACGACUCCUUUUGUGGAUGAAAUGUAUGAUCAUCUGAGAGGAACUUUGAGUGACUAUGAGAUCAUCAUUUCCAGAUGGCCUGAAUAUGCGUGCGUUCUAGAGAAUGCUAUUGCUGAUAUUGAGAAGGCGAUCAUAGAAUCCCUAGACAAGCAGUAUGCCGACGUCCUGUCACCAUUAAAGGAAAAUUUAGCCCCAAAGAAAUUUGGCCUCAAGUAUGUUCAGAAACUGGCCAAAAGGUCUGUGAGCGCCUAUAAGGUCCCUGAAGAGUUGGGAAUUCUGUUGAAUUCCUUAAAAAGAAUGCUUGAUGUCCUUCGUCCCCAAGUCGAAGUUCAGUUCAAAUCAUGGGGUUCCUGCAUUCCGGGUGGUGGGAACACAGUUCCUGGAGAGCGUCUCAGUGAAGUCACUGUAAUGUUGAGAGCCAAGUUAAAAUAUUACCUACAGGCAGUUGUUGAAAAACUCGCGGAGAAUUCAAAGUUGCAGAGUGCUACAAAACUGAAGAAGAUUCUCCAAGAUUCGAAAGAAACCGUGGUAGAAUCUGAUGUGAGAAGUAGAAUGCAGCUUCUGAAAGACCAGCUGACAACCACAGUUAAUCACCUGCAUACUGUGUUCGGGACUCAAGUCUUCAUUGCAAUUUGUCGAGGUUAUUGGGACCGAAUGGGACAGGAUGUUCUGAGUUUCUUAGAGAACCGAAAAGAAAACAAAUCAUGGUAUAAGGGUUCGCGUAUUGCUGUCUCUAUUCUGGAUGAUACAUUUGCAUCACAGAUGCAGCAGUUGUUGGGAAAUGCAUUGCAGGAGAAAGACCUGGAGCCUCCUAGAUCAAUCAUGGAAGUCCGGUCGAUGCUUUGCAAGGAUGCGGCUAAUAACAAGGACAAUACCUAUUACUUUUAGGUAUUGUAUCAAACACGUCGAAUCUGAACAAGUUGGGGAGACAGGUUGCGUUUUCGUAUUGAAGUCCAUAAGCCGGGCGCUGCAUAUUUUUGUAGAGGGAGCAAGCAACUCGGCUGCUCUAGAGAUAGCAAAUGACAAUUUUGUCAUUCGUCUUCUGGCCGUCUACUCUUGACAGAGUAUUAGUCGUUAAUUCCUCGGUUAAAAGUAACAAGCAAUCCUGUAACUGUUGUUCAUCGGUUAGCUUGAAAGCAUCGGCAUGAAAAAUGCCCGGUGUACCAGUGCGGAUAUGGCAUUUUUUUGUACGCUGAAUACAAGAUUCAGAAUCAAAUUUGAAUAUUAGCGGUGAAAGCGAUUACUACA